AGUGGCUGGAAGAGGAAAAAAAUAAUGUUCCUUUCUGAUUCUUGUUCUCUCUGUUGCAGGAGACCUCCAACAACACCUCCAAGCCAUGUUUAUGCUACUUCGACCUGAGGAUUAUAUCCGACUGGCGGUGAGGCUGGAGAGCAGCUAUCAAAACCGCACCCGUUACAUGGUGGUGGUCUCGACGAAUGGCCGGCAGGACACGGAGGAGAGCAUCGUCCUGGGCGUGGACUUCUCAUCGAAUGACAGCACCGUUUGCACAAUGGGUCUGGUCCUGCCCCUCUGGAGCGAUGCUCUCAUCCAUUUGGACGGUGAUGGGGGCUUCAGCGUUUCUACCGACAAUCGGAUUCACAUCUUCAAACCGGUGUCCGUGCAAGCCAUGUGGUCUGCCCUGCAGAGCCUUCACAAAGCCUGCGAAGUGGCCCGCAUCCACAACUAUUACCCCGGCAGCCUUUUCCUCACCUGGGUCAGCUACUAUGAGAGCCACAUCAAUUCCGACCAGUCCUCGGUCAACGAGUGGAACGCCAUGCAAGAUGUCCAAUCCCACCGGCCGGAUUCUCCAGCCCUCUUUACGGAUGUCCCCACGGAGCGCGAGCGGACGGAGCGGCUGAUCAAGACCAAACUGAGGGAGAUCAUGAUGCAGAAAGACCUGGAGAACAUCACGUCCAAGGAGAUCCGCACGGAGCUGGAGAUGCAGAUGGCGUGCAACCUGCGUGAAUUUAAGGAAUUCAUUGACAACGAAAUGAUCGUCAUCCUAGGCCAGAUGGACAGCCCCACGCAGAUCUUCGACCACGUCUUUCUG